UUUACAUUCAAAGACGCGGUUUACGUUUGCUACUGCUAUGGGAGGACACGGUUUUUUGGUAUAAAUAGAUUUUCCAAUUGAAUGUGUUUAAAAGUUGAUCUUCAACCAAACUGUCUCUAUACCCUGCACCAGACUGACUCAGUCCACCUGUCUGCCCAACCCAUCUUGAAUAAUGGAUCCAGUGGUGUUGAGCUACCAGGACAGCCUUCUGCGACGUUCAGAUGUUGCCUUACUAGAUGGACCUCACUGGCUUAAUGACCAAGUCAUUGGCUUUGCCUUUGAGUACUUUGCUGCUGAGCGUUUUAAAAGCCUUGGCGAAGCCACCAUUUUCAUCAGCCCCGAGGUCACCCAGUUUAUCAAGUGUGCUUCCUGUCUUGAGGAGCUAGCCCUCUUCCUUGAGCCUCUAGGACUUGCCUCCAAGCGCUGGGUUUUCCUGGCCGUCAAUGACAACUCCAACCAGACUGCCGGCGGGUCCCACUGGAGCUUGCUGCUCUUCCGCCGUGAUGGUGGCCAUUUUGCCCACUACGACUCUCAGAGUGGGAGCAACUCACAACAUGCCAGACGAAUCGCCAGCAAGCUGGAGACCUUCCUCUGCACUGGGAGGAAAAUACCUGUUGUGGAGGAACCCUGUCCCUCCCAGCAGAACAGCUAUGACUGUGGCAUGUAUGUGAUCUGUAACGCAGAGGCCUUGUGUGAGAAGGCGAGAGUAGAAGGGUCACCUCGGCUGCCUGUCCAGACCAUUACCCCGGCCUAUAUCACGCAGAAGAGAGCUGAGUGGGGCAAGCUGAUCCAGAAAAUGGCAAAAAGUUGAGCUUCAUUACCCAUUCUUCCUUAACCUUUAGCUUGUCAAAAACAGCAAACAGCCACUCUCAUGUCUACAAUAAGUCAACGAAUGCACUUCCUAUUAUCAAUGCUGCAAGAUAUUCCCUGUCACAGCCAAUGUAUUAAAACUAGGUUUCUAAUCUUUCAGAUUCAUAUAACAGUUAUACUCGUCAUAUUGUCGUGCAGAUCUUAACAGUACUCUGCUACCUCAAUCUUUCGAAGAGCAUCCUUUUAGAAUGUCCUUGUUCAGUGCAGCAAAGUAGGCUAUUAGGGUACUGUUUAGCUGUGGACAAUAAUGUGAAUAGUCUUCUGUCAAGUUGAAUCAUAACAUUUACACACUGUACCAGCAUGCUUACAAAAAACUAUUUGAACAAUUUCAUCCUUAACAGUAUAUUUAAUGAGGGGUAGUUGGUACAUAUUGGGAAGGAGACUGAUACUCAAUGUUUUUAUUUUUCUUGUUUAGCAAGAAUGUUAACUCAGGGUCAUGUUAAAAGAACUUGAAUUGACAAAGAAUGUUUAUUAUACAACUACUUUAUGUUGAAGACAUAUUUAAAUACAAACAUUCAUAGUACUUGUAUGAAUGUUUGCCUGAAAGAAUAAGCUAACAGCUCGUUUCAUUACACCUCUAUUUAAUCUGCGGGUGAAUUCUAGUCUAUGACUAGAUUAAUGGAUUUAUUCAAUGCCAUUUUGGAAUGAUACUACAGUACUUCCUAUGAAACAUCCAAAGGUGCCAACUAUUGUUUUGAAUGAAUAUGUUAAUGAGUAGAAUGGUAU